CUACCGCGGCGACGACAGCUGGGUUCUGCGGUGUGUAGUGAGAGGCAAGUAGCUCGCCACCCUGUGCUGAGUUCUGGAUAGUAUCCGGCCCACUACUAGUGUAUCCUGAAUGAAUAGAAUGAUAGUAAUUGUUAUUGAAUAUGGGGCAUUAGCACUAGAUUUUCCACACAUUGACAAGAGUGCGAGAAUACAGUGAAUAUCUUCGGUCCAAAACUGUUGUGAGAUGUAUGAACAAGGAUCAUCAUAUAAGGCAUAAAUAGAGGUUGAAAUUACUUUUUGUUUAUUCAAAUGCUCAAACACCGAAUACACCACCCAAAGAUUGGGCAAGAACCGCUAAUAUUUACACAUAUCUCCAACCGGCGCCCCCAAAAAUGAACUUCGAGCAUAGAAAUUCGCCUUUAUAUCUGAAGUGGUUCUUGCUGUGAGGGAUAUGACCGGAGGGAGCCCGACCUGACCGGAUGUAGAGGGUAGCCGGCAUGGGCAGACGAUGCCACCAGAGCAACUGGUCUGUUAGGAACCUCUGCCAUGUCUUCUACAACAACACUCUACUGCUGCUUUACUUCUUCAGUUUGAGUCACUUGAGUGGCGGGAAGACGCUGACGAGGAUAGUCCAUACCAAAUAUGGUCGACUGCAAGGCUUCCUCCGGCCUUUGCCACCACCCUUGAAGCCCUUAGAAGUAUUCUUAGGUGUGCCGUACGCCACGCCACCCGUGGGGGUCAACAGGUUCAGUCCUACAAGAACCCCGAGCCCCUGGGCGGGCGUGAGGCUGGCCGACAACUUCAGCCCCGUCUGUCCUCAGCAUCUUCCUCGUCUCGACAACGAAACCCUGGAGAACAUGCCACGCCAACGACUUGAGAUGAUCCGUAGACUCUUUCCUCUACUGAAGAACUACAGCGAGGACUGUCUGUACCUCAACAUCUACUCUCCCUUACAAGAGGGUGAGAUCCAGGCAAAGUUUCCGGUCAUGGUUUUUAUACACGGAGGAUCGUACUUGUGGAACAGUGGCAACAUAUACGAUGCUGGGGUUCUCGCAAGCUACUCUCAACUGGUCGUCGUUACCUUGAACUACCGAUUGGGCGUACUAGGGUUCCUGAAUGCUAACAUAGCGCCAUACUCAUCUGCACGGGUGGCUAACUACGGGCUGAUGGAUCAGGUCGCGGCUUUACACUGGAUACAGCAGAACAUCGCGCUAUUCGGUGGUGACCCGGACAACGUGACUCUCCUCGGACAUGGAACUGGUGCCGCCUGCAUUCAAUUUCUUAUCAUGUCUCCCACUGUAAUGCCAGGUCUCUUCCACCGAGCUGUCCUUCUGUCAGGGUCGGCACUGAGCAGCUGGUCGCUAGUAGAAGAUCCUGUCUACUGGGCGGUGCGACUGGCGCGCCAGUUCGGCUGUCCAGUGCCAGAUGACUUACUCUCUCACCACGAGAACAUCGUGGACUGUUUGAGGGAGGUUCCGCUGGCAGCACUCAUGAAAGCGGAUAUUCAGCCCCCGGCCCACCUAAGUUCCUUCGGGCCCAGCGUGGACGGGGUCGUCAUCAAACAUAACUUCCGAAAAGACAUUCUUACCCACGGUGAUCUGACAAGUGGUAGGCGUUCAGGUGAUACCCCCUUCAAUAGCUAUGACUUACUGUUCGGGCUCGUCUCAAAUGAAGUGCUCUCCCGAUUCUCUCUCCGCGAUCUCCAAGCCGGCUUUGACACCCAAAGACGUGACAAAAUCCUGAGGACGUUUAUACGUAACUCGUACACUUAUCACUUGUCCGAAAUAUUUUACGCUGUGGUGAACGAGUAUACGGACUGGGACCGGAGUGUAAACCCUCUCGCUGUUUUAGAAUCCACAGUGGCAGCCCUCAGUGAUGCUCUGUAUAACGCGCCUCUCCUGCAGACCGGGGAUAUGCUCAGCACCCCUCCCCUUCCUUCCGGCCUGCUUUCUCCUUCCAGGACUAAGACCUACUUCUUCGUCUUUGACUAUCAAGGGAAAAGCGACGAGUUUCCACAGAUAGGUGGAGUGAUGCACGGUGAGGAGUUACCCUACAUUUUUGGGGCACCCUUGGUUAGCACUGUGAGACCGUUUCGUUCUAACUACACAAGCUACCAGGUGGCGCUCUCAGAGUCAUUGAUGUUAUUUUUCGGUAAUUUCGUCAGAUCUGGGGACCCAAACGAAUAUGAGAGUGAGAAUCACUUCUUGUCUGUGACUAAGGAGAGGAACCGCUACAGAGCUCUGACCUGGGAGGAAUACGAUAUUUCACACCAACGUUACCUAGAGAUAGGUGUGAGACCUAGGGUGAAGAACCACUACAGAGCUCACCAACUCUCGCUGUGGUUGAGGCUGAUCCCAGAGUUACACAGAGCGGGGGCCACGAGCUCCACGUCACGGCACAAUCAGUUCCCGCAGCACGACAGUCCGGAGUUGUACGAGGGAGUGGUGCGGCCCGAUCCCCUUCGAACCGCAGACAACCAAUCCCCGGGGACCACAGUGGCCCUGGAGCCCCCCACCACGCUGGAGCCCCCGACAACCACGUGUGUCAGUGCGGACCCCUUGCAGACGCUCCCACACAACGGGACGGAGCCUCUGGCCAACUACGAGAUCGUCGGGUACGGUGCGUACUCCACCGCGCUCACCGUCACCAUCGCUAUAGGCUGCUCCCUGCUGGUGCUCAACGUUCUCAUAUUCGCCAAAGUGUACCACAAGAAGGACAGGAGUAAAGUGGAAAAGAAAGCGCCUUUCGAGGAGAAUAAACUAUUACCGUCUGCCAGUGUCAUCGUGGACAUGGAGCGCGAGUCGAUGCUGCUCUCGGGGUCUUCUCAGCACUCUCUGUGUCAUCAUCUUACCAACAAUAUCCACAAGAGUGCUGAGAACCCGCCCAACGGCUCGGUCCACCAGUACAUGGCCUUGACUCGAGCACAGCCUGACACCCCCCACCCACUCCCAUCAACAGGGUCGUUUAAAGUUCCUUCGGCCGCCAUCAAUGAAAUGAGGGUAUGAUGUUUUACCAACGUUCGGUCAUAUUUUAAUACUAGUUAUUUUUUUGUGAAAUUAUGACAUUGUUAAUUAUAAUUAAAAGUUUUAUAAACUAUUCCGUUUUUG